AAAUUAGUCCCACACUUCCACAGCAAAGUGGUCCAGGAAGUCAUGUCAGAAAGGAGUGGAACUGUAGGGUUGUAAAGGAAAGGAGGCAAAAGAACUGGCGCGUACCAAGUUUAAAAAUCUCUAUGUAUCAAAGCCAAGACUAACUGAGAAACUGUGUGGAAAUGAAGAAACGCUAGGAAGACUUAAGAGGAGGAGGGAAGAAGGGUGUAUUAGCAGAGAGAGCAGUGCAGAGCAGAGCAGGGACAUAAAGAACAAAAGCCCUAGCCCAGUCUGGCGGCGGCAAGGAGGGAGCAUGGGGUGUUUUGAAUAAUUAUUAAAAUUAGCAUGUGUCUGCGCCAUCCUGUGGGUGUGGUGCAGAGCGGAGUGUAAACUCUAGCAGGGCUGGAGCAAACAUUGGAUUAUAGGCAGAGAGCCUGCCAGCCAGAGGAGUAAAGGAGACAGGAGCGGGAGGCACACAGGGAGCGAUGGCUUCGUCUCAAGGGAAGAACGAGCUGAAAUUUGCCGACUGGAUGGCAACUUUGCCAGAAAGCAUCCACAGCAUCCCCCUCACCAAUUUAGCGAUCCCAGGAUCUCAUGAUUCCUUCAGUUUCUACAUUGAUGAAGCCUCUCCAGUAGGACCUGAGCAACCAGAAACUGUCCAGAAUUUUGUCUCUGUUUUUGGAACUGUGGCUAAAAAGCUGAUGAGAAAAUGGUUAGCAACUCAGACCAUGAAUUUUACUGGUCAGCUGGGGGCUGGAAUACGGUACUUUGAUCUCCGGAUUUCCACCAAACCCAGAGACCCUGACAAUGAACUCUACUUUGCUCAUGGUCUGUUCAGUGCCAAAGUAAAUGAAGGUCUAGAAGAGAUUAAUGCAUUCCUCACAGAUCACCACAGGGAGGUGGUGUUCUUGGACUUCAACCACUUCUAUGGAAUGCAGAAAUACCAUCAUGAAAAACUCGUCCAAAUGCUGAAAGACAUCUUUGGAAAUAAAAUGUGCCCAGCGAUCUUUGCCCAUGAAGUGAGUCUGAAGUACCUGUGGGAAAAAGAUUACCAAGUCUUGGUCUUUUAUCACAGCCCAGUUGCUCUGGAGGUGCCAUUUCUUUGGCCUGGGCAGAUGAUGCCAGCUCCUUGGGCCAACACAACAGACCCUGAAAAACUGAUCCAGUUUCUCCAGGCGUCUAUUACUGAGAGAAGGAAGAAGGGCUCUUUUUUUAUAUCUCAGGUGGUCCUGACCCCCAAAGCUAGUACUGUGGUCAAGGGGGUGGCCAGUGGUCUCAGAGAAACAAUCACAGAAAGAGCUCUCCCAGCAAUGAUGCAGUGGGUCCGGACUCAGAAACCUGGAGAGAGUGGCAUCAACAUUGUCACUGCCGAUUUUGUAGAACUUGGGGAUUUUAUCAGCACAGUCAUCAAACUCAACUAUGCGCUUGAAGAAGGAGAAGCAGAUACCACUUGAUAAUGCUGUUCAAAAUAGCCAUGAGUGCAAUAGAGAAGACCAAUUGUAUUAGGCAUAUUAUCUUAGAACAUAUUGAUCUUCCUAUGCCACUGAAUCUUGGAAGUGUUUAGGGCUUAUGGUGGGUGGGAAAAGAGGGGAAAAUAAUUUUUUUCAGUGACUCUCAUCACGAUCUGCACCUCUAUAAAUAUUUCAUGUUCCCAUUUGAAAAACCAAGUCCAUUCUUGUAUCUAGUGUUAGAAAUAGACAAGAUCUGUUUAAUGUUUAGCACAACUAAUUGCUGUGGCUUAUAUUUAUGAGUGUCUGUUUAAUUGCAUUUUCUACUUUCAAGACUAAGAUCCAUGCUCCACUCACCAUGCCUUGCCCAUCUAGCAAAGGCAGCAGAGGGUAUGCAACAAUUAUAGACCUGACACGAAUUGCUUCAGGUAGAUUAACUUAUUGGCUUUUGGAGAAAGUAAAAGGUGAAAGGCCUGCCCAAUUUUGUAGUUAGAUGGCUGGUCAAUCACAAUCCCCCAGUUUUAGCUAGAUAGCGUAAUAGAAAAUAUGCAUUAAAAAUAUUUCCAGCAUCAGUAAACCCAGAUACCAUUAUCAUUGAUGUGUAUGCGUGUGUAUGUGUGAGAAAGGAACAGGAUAUGCAGUAUUUCUAUUUAAGGCAGCUAUAAAUAUAGAGUCAGAACUUCUUCUGAUAAAAACCUGAGUGCCAAUUCCACAGCAAAAAAAUAAUAAUAAUAAUAAUAAAGGGAAAGGAAGAUGUUGAUUGAAAUGUAGGGAAACCCUUUAAAAAAUAAUGCCUGUCUUGCCAUUACCUGGAACUUUUGGGUUACCACAAGUGACUAGGAUCAAGAUACCCUUCCUUACCCAAAUUCUUGGAAGACCACACCUUCUAAAUAUUUCUCUGCUAAGUCAAUGAAUAUCUGAUAAAAGCAAGAAUAAAUCGGUAUAAUAAAAACCCAAAUUAAUUGACUAAUCUCAACAAUUUCAAUAAAACAUAAAUGGAAGAAGCUUUCCUGAUGUCCAUAGACGUUUCCCACAAAACAGGGUCCAAGUUUCAAUCACAAAUUAAGCCACAAUCAAUUCUAAGUAAAUCUUUAUUUCCUAAGCAGCACUUGCAGUACAAAAAAUGCCUGGGGACUCGUGAAUUGAGUCUUAGUCUUUCAGAUUGGAAGUCUCAUAAAGAUAGAGGGAUGGCAUAUAGUCCUGAGCAGUUGGUCUCAAACUGUGUUCCUUGGGACACCUGGGUAGGUCCCAUAAGGCAUCCCUGGAGGUCCAUGGAAAUAAAGCAUUUUUCUGGCAGACUGCCAUAUUUAAUUGGAGUCUGACCCAUUACUCUUUUCCUACCCUUUAACAUGAGCAGUCAAAAGAACACUGAAGGGUUCCACAGCUUCAAAAAAGGGAAAUUACUGAUCUAGAGGGUAUAGCACCAACCAGGGAUGGUCCAGCAAUUGCCUAUGCCAGAAGCUUUUAAGAAUGACCUUGUGCAAAUCAUUUGACCUUUUGGGAUGCCUUUUUCUCAAACAAUAACCCAAUCUAACAUGGGAGUGACCUUUUCCCCAUCUUCCCCAGGGCUACUUUGCAGAUAAAAUUAAUAAAACUCUAAAUUCCUCAGAAAAAGGAAUCCUGGUAUUAAUGAAGAGCAGUUGAAUUAUUGUACUCAGUAAGGACCAAGCUUUUGAAGCUUUGAUUUUGAUAAACUUUUUACAAACACAGGUUAUAAAAUCAUAAAAAUAUAUUUACCUACUUCUGAGAACUAAAAACUGACCUAAAAAAGGAUCCCAUGAUUAUACAACUAGAAAACCUGGACACCAGAAAAUUUGUAUUUAUUAUCUUCUUUACUAAUACUGAUUAUCAUUUAUAUCAUGCCAGGGAGGCUAACAAAGUCCUUUCUGGCCAUAUGCAACAUACCAAAAAAUACUAAAGAAAUUGUUCAUAUAUACAAAUACACACACAUUCAGUUGUGUGUUCAUGCGCACACACACACACACACACACACACACACACAAAACCCUUCAUAUAAAAACUUUAAUGUAAAAUACUAAGGAAGUCCAAAUGACUGAAAUUGUUUUAAAAUAUUUUGGGGUUUAAAAUACAUGGUAAUGACUUUUUUUAGAAUAUAGAAUCUAAUUGUACUUGCUAGUGUACUUAGUCAACUAUUAACAGUCUGUAUUUCCAAUUAUUUCAGGAAGGGAAAUCAUUCCGCAAACCCCUGGCUCUUAUUUCCAUUGUCUCUUUGCCCUUGAAAUAUUUUUACAUUGGAAAAAUAUAUGAAUAUAUAAAAUUGGAAUAUAUGCAUAUAUAUGUACCGAUUCAUGAGUUCAAUAACACAUUGGUCUUUUCUUACUUAUAUUCAAUAGUAUUAGGAAAAAAAGAUCGAUGCGUUAUUGAAUUCAUGAAUUUAAAUGUCUUAAAUCCCUUUUUGAGCAGGUUUUCAUUGUAAUUGACCUCUUGUUAUUGAUUUCUCUGGAAGUUUUUCAGCCAAGCACACAUGCAAUGACACAAGGAUUUCAUUUAUAAAUAUAUCAGAAAAAAUGUUUUAAUGUGUUUUGGAAAAAUUAAUCAUCAAUAGUGGUAACUAACUAUGUUGUAUCUUCUUGAACUUCUUAGCUUCAUUGUGAUGUUUGCCUGGCAUUGGCUUCAUCUUGUUUGUCAUUUGGAUGCUGGAAAACCAACAAGCAAGUCAACUACAGAUUAUUGUGCAUUUUCUUCAUGGGGGAGAAACAGUUUUUUUAAAUUAUUCUUAAUGUUAUACACAAAGAAACCUUGUUAGAUGAAAACCAUUUUCAGUUCAAAGUUAUUCAUUUCCAUGGUGACAUAGAGGACUUAUGGAGCAGACAUCAUGGAGACUCAGACUUACCUUAAUUCCUAAGUGCAGAGAAAAUGAUGGUGAAAGGCACAUAGCUUACUGACUAGUAAGGCGUAUGUAGAAUAGGUACAAGUGUCAGCUUUAAUAGUUCAUAGCAAAGGAUAACACUGCCAGGAAUGUUCUCUGGAUUGAAGUCUUCAUUGAUCAGAAAAAAAAAAAUAUAACUCAUGUAAGAGCUCAAUCCAAAGGACAUGGUUUCUCUUAUAGUCUGUCCUAUCUCUGCUAAAAGAUAAAAUAUAAAAAUAUAAAAUACCAAGCAUGUUGACUAUGGGUCUAGAUUGAAAAGAAUCACUGAUAUGUUCCCGUUGCCUUUCUUAGGAAUUCUGUGUAUGAGGACUACAAAAACUGACCACCAAAUGAUCUAAACGGGUACAUCUUGAUAAAGUUUGUGUUUAGUUUUGUUCUCCAAAUACAUCAUUCAUGAAUCCUAUAAAGGAAGAGAUUGAAAUCUGAGGAGAGAGGGAAGGAAUGAAUAAGAAAAAAGGAAGGAAGGAAGGAAGGAAGGAAGGAAGGAAGGAAGGAAGGAAGGAAGGAAGGAAGGAAGGAAGGAAGGAAGGAAGGAAGGAAGGAAGGAAGGAAGGAAGGAAGGAAGGAAGGAAUGGAGGGAAGGAGGCAGGGAGGGAAGGAAGGAAAAAAGGAGGAAACGAGGGAGGAAAGGAGAAAGCUAAUAUCAAAUAAUCAUCAGUUCUCCAGUUUUCCUUACCUCUCUAUACCCAUUAUAAGCUACACCAAAAAAAGCAUAUUUGUUGUUAUUUCACUAGUAAAGAAGGAACAGGAAACUUUAAAUGAUUCUUAGGACAUUUUAGGUGAUAACUUUAAUAUUUUCUCACAGCCAUAUUGGGAAAGAUGACUUCUGAUAUAUCACCUAACGUGAAAGUGUUAUGGGGCAAGAUAUUUUCUGUUUUGUUGGCUUUUGUUUUCCCUCUGAAGUACAUGUUGCACUGUAAUCAUUCAUUCUGAAUUCCUUGAUAUUUUAACUCCAGUGACAUUUUUCUCUCAAGAGGGUUGGCAGAACCAUAUAAUUAUAGUCAAAUAUUUGAAAGGAAAAACCCAUCAAAAACCAAUUGAGAACUGGACUAUCACCAGGAGAAGAGAGGCCCCAGUGUCUAGUGGCAAAAGUUUAGCACUUCUCAGCAAUUACAGUCACUGAUGCAGUAAGAUGAACUGGAAUUAGAAUGCCCCCAAACUUUUACUUUCGCUUUUGGGGUUCCCAGAUAUCUUUUAAAAUGGGCUUAGUUUUCCCUAGUUCUGAUUCCUGUCAAGAAAGUUGGAUGUCUCAGGGAAAAUUCCCCUUCUCGUGAAUUUUCCGUUUUCCUUGUCUAAAGACCAAAGUGGCUCCUAUCUGCUUUCUCAGCCCUUCAGGUAGGUCCCUGAGCUCCCCAUAGGUUCAGGGCUUGUGGAAUUCUGCUGUCAUGAAUUCUAACAAGGAAAGGAUAAACAUUAUCCCUCAGGAUUUCUUCUGCAAGGUCUUCUUUUGUUCUUUUCUCUCUUAAAAAUAAUGUCCAUUGCAUUUUAAUCUUUUAAAACUCCUCAGUGAAGCAAAAGCUAAUGGUGUGGAUGCUGAAUUUGCCAUAUAUGAGUAGUGACUACUUUGUCACAGGCAGUUUGAAACAUUGUUUUGGGUUGUAUGUUUUCCUGAUGACAAAUGCUACAAUAUUCUAUAGAGUGUGUAAAACGUGUUGAUUACAAACCUGUUGAAAAUUGUAUAAUUUUCAUUUUAUCUGUCUUGUGGGUAUUUAUUCCAUAUUUUAUGCGCGCGUGUGUGUGCAUGAAAACGUAUGUGUGUGGGCGUGUGAAUUGUGUGUUCUAUUUUUAAAAAGCAACUAAUCCUAAAGGAAAAGGGCACAGAGUUACCAGCCUUAAUUCACCACCAUUUUUGUCAAAGUCUGCUUUCAAUUUCUAUUAUCAUAGAUUGAACCAUUUCUCUUUACGUAUCAUAUUUCUCACAAUGAAAUUAUUGAAUUAUGGCAAAGCUUCAUUAUGUCAACUUGCAUUGAUUCCAAGGCUUCAAAAUUGCCUGUGAAUGCACGUUGGUUUCAACUGGCAUGACAAUUCAGUUCAUCUGUAAAAUUAUUCUAAAGAUGUGGGGUCUGUUUUUCUUGUAAUCAUGUAUUUGCUAGAGAGGCUGUGCAGUACAAAAGAAAGAGCUUCUGGAGUCAGAGGAUGUGCAUUCAAAUCCAGCCUAGGAAGCUUACUACCUGGGAGGUCUUGGGCAAGUCAAUCCAUCCUCCUGGGUCUCAGUUUCCUCAUCUAUAAAAGGAAGGGUACUGGGAUGUGUCCUCUGAGGUCCUCCCCAAUUCUAAGUUUAAAAAAGGCUCAUCCUUGAUUUGAUGAACCCCGGGAGGCCUUCAGGGUUACAUUUAAAACCAUUUCCCAAUUAUAACCCUGUAAUAUAAUCAUGAUAUGACUCUUUCCCUUUUGAGUUGUUGCAAAUAAAAAUUGCUUUAUGGCCUGUGGUAUGACAUAAGUUAAUAGUUAACAGGAGAAUGAAUAUUUAUUUCCAGGUCCACUAAGAUAGAAACUGUGUUUUUUCUACAUUUCCCUAAAUACCCAAUUCAUUGAUUGCUACGUGUGAAGCAGGUCUGGCUUCUGGACCUCCAUUGUGGCCUUUGAGCCCAUCACAGCUCUCUUCCAGGUACUGAAAGCAAAAGAGUAAUCUUGUUCCACUCACCCAUCUCUCCCCAUCCCUCACCCUGAUGAUGUCCUCUCCACAAGGCCACACUUUUUCCAUGCAAUGUAGUAAGAAUUAAUAGAAUUUAGCAUUCUGCUUUCCAACUAAUCCCAGGAUUGAAGUGGCUUAAACAGAAAUUUAUUUUUUUUUAAUGUCCUAUGGAGGACACUCCCGUGGAAUGAAAUGCAUCCAGGGCUAGCAGUGAGGAGACUGAGCCCCAGAUAUUACCUAGCUGGCCUUGAGAAAACAUCUUUACUUCUCAGGACCUCAAUUUCCUCAUCUGUCAAAUGAGUGAGGUCUCUCUAGCAAUCUAUGAUUUUUUUUUUAUUAUCAGGGUAGACUGCCAUCCAUCAAGCAUAAUUUGAGACUUCUCUAGGGCCCAUCACCUAUAUCUUCCUCACCAUCUGUUUAUUAUAAAUCCUAGAGUCCUUAGUCACUGCUUUAGGAUGAAAUAGUGAAGGAUUUUGUUGGAAUGUUUCCUAAGAGAAGAAAUUCAGUAAACAAUUUUCUGAUUAACACUCUAGCUAGAAUUAGUUUGUCAGAUUAGUUUAUUAGAUUACCUAGCAGUACCCAAAGAGAUCCAGGGAUGUGCUUUUUGCUUACAAGGAGAGGAAGAUGGGAAUAUUCUGGGGAUUGGGGUGCUAUGCAGGUGAUGGGGAACCCAUAGGCAGCUUGGGGAAAGCACUAAGACCUAGAGCCUGGAGGUUUCAUCUAAAUAGCUGGGAUGCCCAGAGCAAACUAAGAGCUUUUCACUUUGCCCAGGACCAUCACUGAUUGCUGAUCAAAGUCGUUAUAGGUCAGUAAUUUUAAUGGUCCACGCCAAUGAGGAAUAAAGCCAUGACAUAGCCUGCUUCAGAAAAGUAGUUUUUACAACCCUGCCAUUUUAUUCAGAGAAUCUUUGUGAUUAUUUGGAAGAAGGGGAGGUUUCAAAUGUUUCUGAUUUCUAUAUUCUCUUAUGGAAAAUUUCUGUAAGUAGAAAGAAAACCAAAACUCCUUAAAAUUCUCUUUCCAACCAUACUCUUUUCACAUGGACUUCUUGUUAAUUUUUUAGUUUAAUUUGCUGCAUUACUCAAGAAAGAGUAUGUCUUGCUGGUGGCAUUCUGUUCACUGGGCACUAGAAAAUCAUCAAAGGGAAACAGUUCUGUGCCUUCUCUUUUUAGGAUCUGGCUGUUAGUACUUUAAUAAAUGUUGUGUAGAGAAAAUAAAUGCCUACAGUUCUAUAUAGCAAAUGUGAAUUUUUAUGACAAGAAUGUGUAUUUAACGUAAAAAAAAGUUUCUUUGUAUUCAGUAAAAUGUCUAAUAAAGCCCUGGUACCAGUCUA